AUUUUCUAUUUACAAGCUAUCUUCUUCUUUUCUAUGCCAGAUUAUAAAAUAAUCACCAAAACCAGACUUACUGCUUCUCAAAUUUCGAGACUCCUUUCCUCGAACUCUUGUCAACAGUUAAACACUAAAUAUAAUUUGAUAUCUUGUAAAUUACAGCAUGAAACACAAAUCCUGACUAAGAUAUCCAAAUAGAUCAUGUCAGAAGCAACUGCCACCACUCUCUCUUCAUUCCCUCGAUUCAUGGACCUCGCACCAGAGCUGCGUAAUCAAAUCUGGUCUAACGCAUUACCGGAGAAGGUAGACACAGCUCUAUACUUUUACAAAACAGGCUGCUGGCACCCUCUAUAUCUCACACCAUCCGACCCAUAUAACGAAUAUGAUGACGAAAAUGACAACCUCAAUCUGCGUGUGGAGUUUCGUCACGAUCUCUUGAAUCAAGUUCACUUUCAUACACCUCUGAUUUUUGUCAAUCACGAGGCCCGCGAAAUUGCUACCGCUUGGGCUCGUAAACAAGGUUUCGUUGCCAAGGAGAACAAAGGACACUUUGUCUUUGGACGUCCCUUCAACCCAGAAAGUGAUAUUCUAUAUGUUACCUCUGACGAUUUGAUCGAAAUCUUUACUGAACUCUAUUACCUUGACGAGUUAUAUCCUGAAUUGGUCAAUCAAAAUUUUUCAGCAAGGUCAUUCGUCGAGAACAUCGCCAUAUCUGAAGAGACAUGGCAGAAAGAGCUAAAGGAUCAGCCUGAAGAUCAAUUUCUGGAUGGACUAACUAAUGGUUUUCCAUUGAAAACGUUGGCUGUCAUUGUCGAUGCACCGUCAGAGCUACAGCAUGUAGACCACAACAUGGAGAUGCGGCAGCAUUGGGAGCUUAGCAGCACAGGUGGAGGAGACUACAUUUUUGAUUCUGAUCGAACUUUUCAAUUCCAUGGUACUGAGUUUGCUGGUAAAGAGGAGUUAUAUAGGAGUCUCGAAAUGGGUAACAGGAGGAUAUCUAAAGCUAAUUUCCCAUGGAUACGCACAACCUUUAAGGUUCAAGCUGCUUUAGUUAACAAGAGAUAAAUGGAAAUUUUGGUAGGCGAUGCAAUGAUAGCCUUGCUCCAAUCUACGUUUCAAUAACAUUUCCAAUUCAUCCGUCAUUUACCAAAAGCCCUUGGAUUUAUAAAAGACUUCUUGCUUGAUGGCUCCCUGCAAUGAUCCUCCACAGAGAUGUGCUCGUAA